AUGAAUGACACAGCUCAUCCCCGACUUCGAAAGUCCACCAAAAUUGACCCUGAAAUUAUGAUCGGGUCGCUCGAAGCAAACACAGCCCAUGAGCAAGAUGCCUUAUUGAGAGAGGCCGAACGUACAAGCAACGGGGAGGAAUCUGCAGAGUUGCGUGACACAAACCACCCCGGCACGAAACGCGCUCUCUUCCUAGACAACUCUGUUGUACGUGUGAUUAAGAUUACAUUGGGAUGCAGCUAUAGCAAUUUGCUACUGCCGUUUGUGUUUUUGGGCAUAAUUGCGGGGGGUCAAGGAUGGGAUGACUCGAUCUCCUUCGUCUUCAACUUCCUGGCUAUUCUUCCUCUCGCUGCGUUGCUGUCGUUCGCCACGGAGGAACUGGCAAAAAGUGUCGGCCAAACUGUCGGAGGAUUAAUUAACGCGACGUUUGGAAAUGCGGUUGAAAUGAUUGUGGGAAUCACUGCGGUCCGACAGGGAGAAAUCAGUAUUGUGCAGUCUAGUAUGGUGGGCAGUAUCUUGUCAGGAAAUCUCCUGAUCCUCGGCGUUUCAUUAUUCUGCGGCGGCUAUGCAAAAGACGUGGUGGGUUUCAACGUGGAUGUUAGUGGAAUAAUGUCAUCAUUGAUGGUGGUGUCCUCCGCAACGUUGAUCAUUCCAUCUGUGCUCUAUUCAACUAUACCGUCCAAGUCCCACGCAGUGGAAGCCAGCGUCCUGAGUCUCUCCCGUGCCGCCUCCGUGGUCCUACUCACAUUCUAUCUGGUCUACCUCUACUUCCAACUGAAGAGUCACUCCGAGUUAUUUGUCGACGAUAAAGAAGAAGAGGAAGAAGAAGAACGAGUUCUGGGUCCCUGGUCGGCAAGCAUCAUCUUGAUCCUUGCAACUCUCGGAGUCACUGUCUGCUCUGAUCGUCUUGUGGACAGCGUCGACGGCUUUGUAGACAAAUGGCAUGUGAGCCGGGCUUUUAUUGGCCUGAUUGUGGUUCCCAUUGUCGGUAACGCGGGAGAAUUCAACACUGUCAUCAAUUCUUCGCUCAAGGGGAAUAUGGACCUUGCGAUUGGUGUGAUUGUGGGAAGCACGUUGCAAAUCGCGUUGUUUGUGAGUCCGUUCCUGGUCAUGUGUGGCUGGAUUAUCGGGCAGCCCAUGUCCUUGCGCUACAGUCCCUUCGAAACUGUGGUAUUCUUUCUAUCGGUAAUAGUCAUGGACUGCCUGAUUCGUGGAGGCCGAUCCAAUUACUACGAAGGGAUUUUAUUGGUUGGAACAUAUCUGAUAAUCGCAAUUGCAUUCUACGUGCACCCAGACGCAGUCGAUGCACCCUUUGUUUAG